CUAGUUUCCCUAUGUAGACGUUUUAUUUUGAAAAUCUGGAGCAGAAAAGGAAACGUGUUGCCACUGUGGCGGAUUCUUUCUUGACCCCGACGUAACCGGAAGUGUAACAAGAAACAAGGUGGUUUGGAGAUGACCGUCCUGAACUUGUCUUUUGCGGCAUGCGGCUUCUUGGGAAUCUACCACCUGGGAGCCGCAGGGGCCCUUCUCCGCCACGGGGACAAGAUGUUGGGCUCCCUCGGGGCCUGCGCGGGGGCCUCUGCAGGAGCCCUGGUGGCUGCAGUGCUGAUCACAGCUCCCGAAAAACUAGAGAACUGCAAAGAGUUCACGUACAGGUUCGCCGACAGCGUGAGGCGGCAGCGCUUCGGAGCAGUCACACCGGGAUACGACUUCAUGCUUGCGCUGCGGGAGGGCAUCGAGGACAUCCUGCCCAGCGACGCUCACAGCCUGGCCACGGGACGCCUCCACGUCUCCAUGACGCACUCCAGGAGCGUCAGGAACCACAUCAUAUCCCAGUUCACCUCCAGGGAGGAGCUCAUAAAGGCUCUGCUGGCCAGCAGCUUUGUGCCGCUUUACGCUGGACUCAAACCGGUGGAAUUACAAGGACAGAAAUGGAUUGACGGGGGUUUCACUGACAGCCUUCCCAUCCUCCCCACGGGACGCACAGUCACUCUGUCUCCGUUCGCCGGACUGCAGGACGUGUGUCCUGUCCACAGGGGGCGCUUCGCCACUCGGCUCCGGCUGGCCAACAUGGACAUCAUGUUUUCCGUGGAGAACCUCAAACGUCUGAACCGGGCUCUGUUCCCUCCGGCCCACUGUGCCAUGCGGUCUUUGUGUGAGGACGGGUUCAAUGACGCCGUGAGGUUCCUCAAGAGCGAGGAAUGGAUGAGCUGACGGGCCAAUUCGAAAACACUUGCUCUAUUUAUUACCAGGAUUGCAAUUUUUAAAAAUAAAAUGUAUUUUUUUUUAAAUGCUAUUCUUAUUUAUUGUAUAUUAUGUUUUAUUACCGUAAUCUAUUUCUGUACUUGAGCUGCUACAACACUUACAUUUCCCCCAUCGCCCAUUCCAAUAAAGGAAUAUACAUGUAUAUUUAUAUAGAAAGCAGUGUAUCACACAAACAUUCUGUGCUUUUUUUCUUCUGCUCUUCUAGUUUUCACGAUGUUCUGCGGGAGGACAAUAAUAACGUGAACAUCGGUAAUGUUUAUGGUAAAGUCCCCGAAGCUUUAGGUUGGAGCGUUAAAUACGAACAUCUCUUUAUUUGCUGCGAUAUUUUAGGCAAGCGAGGGGACUUCAGGGCUGGAUAUUGGGCAUCCCUAUCCUUUUUUUGUACUUUCCCCGGGGCAGGGACAAGACGAGGGAAUCCCAGGGACAGGCAGGGUUGGAAACAGGAAGUAAAUUUGGGGACGUCUAGCACGAUACUGAGGACGAUCUGGUUGUGAUUUGUGUGGUUUACGUGCAGCAGAUUGGGCUGAGGACCAACCGGUGCACUAUACACCAUAACAUUCAAUUGUAUUUUCACCCGUACAAGUGUAUGAUUCUGUAGGUCAGAACGACUUAUUGUACUUUGUUUGUGUUGGACCACAAGCGAUGGCCGCCCCCCCAUGAAGGAAAAUUUUGCUCAAUAAACACCAUGGGCAGAAGGACUUGCUGAAGCUUGAGGACCAGGGCUAGGCUGCUCUGGUUUAACAUUUACUGUCCCUGUUGUGUUCAAUAAAUAUAUUCAACCAGG